AUGGCUCCUCCCGCUCAGAACGGGCCUGAUGGCUCAUCACUUAAACCCGUCUCGUCGCUGAGGGCCAAGUUCGAGAACAUGAACAAGAAUGGCGAAUCUGCCGCCGCGCCUGGUCCCUCCCCGCCCCGAACCAUCUCUCCGGCCCCGAAGCCAGAGUUCCUUCGAGAUGCGAAAGCCUCCUCCGAAAGCCUCCAAAGCCUCCCAAUCCCCCCGAGACCCCGUGAGCGCGCGAGCAUCUCGGCACCGUCACUCCCGCCUCCUCUGCACGAGCCCGUCCCUCGCUCGCCCGGCCGCUCUCUCGGGGUUCCUCCCACCUUGAAACCGGAGCCGAUCAAGGCUCCUUCGGUCCUGGUAGAACCGCCUCAGUCACCGCCCAAGAACUCCAUCUCGAGGUUCUCCAUCGCCGAGGCACCGGCCUUUUUAAACGCCGCCGACUCCGGCUCUUCCACCCCCACCACGCCAACCACCUCGCGAGCCUUCAAGAUCCCAAGUCGGCCGCACACCCCUUCGCUCGAUCCGCGACGUUCACCGAGGUUGUCUGCUUCACAGCCGCCUUCACCACCGCCGCCGAGACGAUCUGGCGAGAUACGGAGGGACAACAAGCCCGCUGUGCCCCCGCCAAUCAACCGUGCCGAAAAGCCGUCGAUGCGAGACCAGCCAAAGGCCCCCUACUACGCAGAUCACCAAAUCGGGGCUACCGAAAUCAGGGGCAAGCUCAGGGAAGAGACGUCUCCCUUUAGCAGCCCGCCUGGAAGUCCCGAUAGUAUCCACGAACCGGCCCCUCCAACGCUCCCCACCAGGCCAAAGGCGCUCGCAACGCUGACGGAACCACCGCCGCCCCAGAGAGGCAGACCGAUCGAUGUCGGGUUCGCGCCGCCCCCCGUUCAUCAUUCCAUCAUGACCAAGAGGAGCCAGCGGGAGCAGGAGACGAAUGGGUUCAUCAGGGGUCAGAUCACUCCGCAGAUUACGGGUGACCGGCCCAGUGUACCCGCUCUUCCCGCAAGACCGCAGACCGUUGCGGAGCCUCCGCCGCGACCGCCGGUCACGAUGAAACCGCCUCCGCGGCCUCCAAGAGCAGGCGGCGUCAACACCCACGUCGUCAGCCACUCCGUCAGCCACUCCGUCAGCCAUUCUGUCGACUUCCAGCCCCCGCCCAAGCGAAUCGUCUCGACGCCGACAACAACACAUCUUCCGCCACCAUCACGGCUACCGGGGCGUGCGAAUACAGUCACGGACCGGACGUCACCGCGCCCGCCGCCUCCUCAACCACCUCAGCCAGUGCAGCAUGUCCAGCCGGUGCAGCCUCCACCGCCACCUGAGCCGACUGUCUCUCUGAUUCCCUCCAGCAAUACGUCAAAGGUCGAGAUCAACGGCAACAUACCAAAUUUCCCGGAUCCUGCAAACGUUAAUCGACGACCGCCCUACAUAAAACACGGCAUGCACGAAAUCCAGACCAAAUACGAUCCGCGAACGUUUGACGUGUGCGGCGAUCUCAUCUGCACGACGGGCCACCUCACACGAGUGUGGAACCUCCGAGACGGCGAGUUGUUGAUGAGUUUUGCUCACGGCGAAGGCAUCAAGGCCACGACUGUGGCUUUCAAGCCUGGCUUGAAUGUGGACGAGGAAGGAAAGAGACUAUGGAUUGGAAACAACUUUGGCGAAUUGAUGGAGGCCGACAUUGCGACGCAAAGUGUGGUCGCGAACAAGCCAGGGGCUCACGGCCGGCACGAGGUUGUCAAGAUUUACCGCCACUUCAACGAGAUGUGGUCGUUGGAUGAGAAUGGCGGCUUGCUCGUUUGGGCCCCGGACGAGGAAACGGGGACGCCGAAUCUGACCAACAAUGCACACCAAGCGUUCCGCCUACCCAAGGGCCAUUCGUUCUCCAUGAUUGUCGGGGACGAGCUAUGGCACGCGACGGGCAAAGAGAUCCGCGUCUUUGCGCCAUCUUCAGACGGACAAACUCAAUUCCAAGUGUUGGUCCGCGCUCUGGCACAGGAUACGGCGGGUGAGGUGACUUCGGGAACGCAAGUGCGGUCACAGCCGAACAAGGUAUUCUUUGGCCACGCCGAUGGAAAGGUAUCCAUUUACAACACGCAAGACUUUUCGUGUCUGGGCAUCGUCAACUUGAGUUCGUGGAAGAUCAACUCUCUUGCGGGGGUUGGCGAUCACCUCUGGGCAGGCUUCAACACUGGCAAGAUUGGUGUCUAUGACAUGGAGCCCACGCCCUGGGCACAGAAGAAGGACUGGCAGGCUCACGAAAAGAACCCCGUCGUAAAGCUCGUCUCGGAUGCAUCGAGUUGUUACAGGCUGGAUCGCCACCAGGUCAUCUCUCUCGGCGCCGACAACAUGCUCCGCGUUUGGGACGGCUUGCUGCAGGACGACUGGCACGAGGCCGAGAUGAAGGCCAUGGACACGCAGUACUGCGAGUUCCAAGAUCUCAAGGUGCUGUGCAUGACGUGGAACGCGGGUGCUUCAACACCCCACAGCCUGCGAUACGCGCAAGAGGAUGCCGAGUUCAUCAAGAGCCUGCUCACGUCCAACAGCUCGCCAGACAUUCUAAUAUUUGGGUUCCAGGAGCUGGUGGACCUGGAAGACAAAACCGCAACAGCCAGUAGGUCACCCCUUUUCCAAGCAGAAAUCAAGCUAACCGCAGAAGAACGCUUCCUCAAGGUGAAGAAGAAGGAGGGCUCGGACCAGGAGCGCAUGAGCCAUCAGUAUCGCGACUGGAGAGACUUCCUCCUCAAGAGCCUCGACGACUACAUGCCUCCGGACUGUCUGUAUCACCUGCUCCAUACUGCCACGCUGGUUGGGCUGUUCACUUGCAUCUUUGUCAAGUCGACGCUUAGAGAUCGGAUCCAGAACCUCAGCGCGGCAGAGGUUAAGCGAGGCAUGGGAGGUCUUCACGGUAACAAGGGCGCCAUCGUCGUGCGAUUCAUGGUGGACGACUCGUCCAUGUGCUUCAUCAACUGUCACUUGGCCGCCGGUCAGUCGCAGGCCAACAGUCGCCAUAACGACAUUGCCGCCAUUCUCGAAGCGCAAAUUCUGCCGCCCGAGCGAGACCCCAGCGCUCGCCUCGACAGCUAUGUCGGCGGCGGAGACGGCACCAUGAUAUUGGACCACGAGCUGUGUCUGCUCAACGGCGACCUGAACUACCGCAUUGACACCAUGUCGCGCGACACGGUCGUCAUCGCAGUGAAGCAGAAUAAUCUCGCCAAGCUUCUCGAGCGAGACCAGCUUCUAGUGGCCAGGCGGCGCAACCCUGCCUUUAAGCUCCGCGCUUUUGAAGAGAUGCCAAUCACUUUUGCACCGACGUACAAGUACGACGUCGGAACGGACAAUUACGACACGAGCGAGAAGAAGCGUUCCCCCGCGUGGUGCGAUCGGCUGCUCUACCGCGGCGGUGGCAGGAUCAAGCAGGUGGACUACAAACGACACGAAGUUCGCGUCUCUGACCACCGACCCGUCACCGGCAGAUUUAAGUUUACCGUCAAGAAGAUCCAGCCCAAGGCGCGGGCGAUGGCGUGGAUGGACUGCCAACAGAGAUUCGAGGACCUCAAAUGGACCGAGGUCGACAAUGACAAGUGA